AUGUCACUGUCGGUGGCUAACUCUGUAGCCAAUGAUCAAGCAGACCUGUCUAUGAUGCCUGAUGCAAACUUCGCCGAUGCGAGGAAUGGCACACUUGGGAACGCAGUUUCAGUCUUAACUACGGCAAAGAAUUCAACUUGCGCCUACAGCUACUAUGCUGAACUGAAUUGUACACAGGACAUAUUCGGUUAUCAAGCUCAGAUUGCCGCACCUAUGCGCGAGGAUCCGUCAUUCGGUGGCGGAGUGCUCGUACACGGUACUGGAGUCCUUGUUCGAGACCAGAUGCUCAUACUUCGUCGUGAAGCGCCGCAGGCCCUCUUCCUUGGAGCUCCAGUACUGCUUUUGGAUUCUUGCAAAAACAAUGGUCAACUUGUUGACGGAGCUUGUGUGUGUCAGGGCUGGGAAGGUCCAGACUGUGGGCUACCUAUAUGUGUGAACGGCGGGACCAGAGAAGGUGGUGUGUGCAUCUGCCCUCCGAACAUGUACGGAGAUUUCUGUGAUCAGCGCUCGCCUUCCGAGAAACUCAAUAUGGUAUUUAUUUUGGAUUCUGUUGGCGUUGAUGACACAGCUUUCAAUUCUUCAGUUAAUGCCAUACUGGAGUUUGUUGGGCUCUACAACAUCGACAGUCUUCAAAUUAUGCUCACCGACAACGCUAAUACAUUAAGGCUUAAUCAUGACUUUGCCAACUAUACGACGCAGAACUUAUACAACACGUUGACAGGAGUAUUCCCUUACCGCAACAAUACCGGUGCCAUAAACCUUGACAUAGUCUUUUCUAAUAUUCUGAGUAAAGCAGAAGGACUGACUUUAUCCUCCUCUAAAUAUAUAUUUUAUGUCACACAGUCAGGGUGA